AUGUUUCCAAGGAGUUCUUUAACAACUGAAGAUGGUAAUUUAUCAUGGGCAUCACCAUCAAGAUUGAGGGAUAGUUUGAGAGGGCCGCGUUUUUCAACAUCAGGGAAUCAAGUAUCAGAACAAAAAGGAGGGAAUAUUUUAAAUAGAAGAAAUAGUUUUAAUACAUAUUCUGGAAAUGGUUCAAAAAAUUAUAGUAAUGGUAGACCAUCUUUAUCUGGUAUUUUUGAAGAUCGUUCUCAACAAGGAUUAUCUAAUAGUCGGGGAAGAAAUAAUAAAAUAUUUGGUGGUGGUUAUGAUGUGGAGAUGAUAGAAGAAGAUAAAGAACAGAUAUAUGAUGAUAAUCGUGGAAGAAGUUGUAGAGAUACUAUGCCUGAUUAUUUAUUUGGACCAUUAUCUAAUAGAAUACCUAAAAGAAGGAGUAUUUUAACAAUUGAUUAUGAUGAUGAAUCUUCUGGACAACAAUCAUCUAAAGGAAUACUUUUUGAAAGACCAGCAGGUUUUGAAAAAAGAUCAUUAGAUGAUAGUAGAGAUUUUAUGAAAGGACCACCAUUAAAACAAUUAAAUGAUACAAUAAAUUUACCGGGAUAUGCUAGAUCACCACCAAAAGAUCGUUUAGAGGAUGAUACUAUUGAUUAUAGAGAAUUAUCUGAUGAAGAUUUUGAAAGAAGUUGUUGGAUAUUAGUAUUUGGAAUAAAAAAUAUGACAUCUAAUGAGGUAUUAGAAUAUUUAAAUGAAGAAUUUGGAUCUGUUCUUAAGACAGCAAAAAAAAAAGAUACUAAUUUUAUGUAUGUUAGAUUUACCAAUCCAACAAUUGUAAAAAAAGGUAUCUCCAGAAAAUGUGUACAAUUAACUUCUGAAGAAAUUAUUGGAUUUGCUAAACCAUUAAAUUAUGACUUUUUAUCCGGUAAUAAUUUUAUUAUGGGUGAUGGUACUAAAGAAAAUAAAGAUGUAUCUUCAAAAAUAAUUAGUAAUAAUAGAAUAGGUGUUAGAAAAGUUGAUUUAGGUAAAAAUGAUCAGGGAAAUUUAGUUAAUAGUAAUAUUCCUAGAAAAGAUGGAUUAAUUACAAAAUUAUGGAAUUUUGUUAAUACAUAA